CCUCAAACAAAAACACCAAAGCUCUCUCUCAUGAUCUAUCUUUUAGCUCUCUUUAUUUUUCUUCCUGUUACCUUCUUCUCAUUCUUUUGACCAAAAAAAAAUCCUUUAAUUAAACUAAAUGGUUGUCUCCUCAUCUGCAGGAAAUCAUAUUGAAUCAAAUCCAAUAAUGGAAAUUUUCUAGGAACCAAAUUAAAUCAGAACAAUAUAUCAAGAAAACAAAGAUGGUUUUGAAAGAGGAGGAGAAGAAAGCUGAAGAAACUUCAGAAGAUCAAAAGGGAAAAGGGACGUUAAGCAGAAAGAACAGCCACAGCUCUUUGUGUCCGACAGAUGAUGACGAUGAAGACGAAGACAAGAAGCUUGAGCUUGGUCCCAUGAUCGCUCUCAAAGAACAGCUCGAGAAAGACAAGGAUGAUGAAAGCUUGAGGAGAUGGAAAGAACAACUUCUAGGCAGUGUGGAUAUGGAGGACGUUGGAGAGACUCCGGAUCCGGUGGUAAAGAUAAUGUACUUAACAAUUAGGUCACCGGAUAGAGAAGACAUGGUAUUGACGGUACCUGAAGACGGUAACCCGGCAUCGAAAGGACCAUGGUUUACUCUCAAAGAAGGCUCUAAGUACACUCUUGUAUUUACUUUCCGUGUGACCAACAACAUUGUGUCCGGCCUCCGGUACAGCAACUCGGUUUGGAAGACCGGACUCAAGGUGUAUAGUAGAAAGGAGAUGCUAGGAACGUUUAGUCCACAGGCGGAACCGUAUACCCAUGUCAUGUUCGAAGAAUCGACACCGUCUGGUAUGCUUGUUAGAGGCUCCUAUUCCGUUAAAUCUAAGUUCGUAGACGACGACAAUAAGUGCUACCUGGAGAACAACUACACCUUCGACAUUCGCAAGAAUUGGCUGUGAUCCUUCACAUAAGUUACUGGAAGAAGAAAUACAUAAUAUGUAUAUUAGUAUAUUAUUCAUAAUUGUUUCAUAUUUUGUUGUCUAUCUUUAAUUCAAAUUGGUUUUAAUUAAAUGUUUGUUCAUACACAUGUUCAAAUACUUCAUCCGUUUCGUAAACAAUGUCAUUUUAACAUUUUUCACACAUACUAAAAAAAUGAUUGAAAUGCCUUUAAGUUCUUGUUAAUUACACAUAUUCAACCAAUAGUAUUUUAGAUAAAUGAAAUUAUUUAUAAAAUCAAUGCAUUUUAGUUUAAUAUUAAAUUGAAAGUUAAAGUAACAAGAAAAAAAUGUUAAAAUGACACUUAAUAUAAAACAGAAGGAGUAUACGUUUUGCGAACCGGAAAAAAGUUAAUAAAUGCAUAUUGAUGAAAUAAAACAUGGAAGAGAGUUGUUGACCAGAAAAAAAAUGAAAAUAUUACAUUGUAGGUCACAUUUACAGUUUUAAUAACAUCGUAUGACACUUUCUUCUACCUACACACUUUUUCUAACUAUUUGAUCAAAUUGUCGUUAGCUUUUCUAACUAAAACUGAACCAUUCUGCUUUCACACAUUUUCUUCUUUCCUUUUAUAAUUGGUGGUCCCAUUCUCUUCGUUGCUUUUCUAUUCAUCUUUUUUUUUUAUUUUUUUGAACACCCUCUUCAUCUUUAUCAGGUUUUUUUUAAUUAAAACAUAACUGAGAUUUCACCGCUUCAAGCUUCUUCUCCUAGCUGUCUGGUCUGUGCCGCGAGCACCAAAUCGCUAUGCCCUAUGUGUCUUCUUGUCCCGACUGCAACCGGGAUCUCUCAGCGCGACGACGGAGAGCCACUGCGGCGAUCUCCGACUACAAAUCCACCUUCGUCGUCUCGAUUCAUCUUCAAGUCAUGCUCAAGCUCGAUCCGCGAACAUGACUCCGUGAUAAGCCAGCACCGACCUCCGGUUAAUCCAUGAUUGGUUGGUUUUGGUGAUGAAGACAUAGAUCGAUCGUUUCCAAGCCAAACUUCUCCUUUUUUGCACGUUUGGUCCUUGAACAUUUCUGUUCUUCUCAAUGUGAACCCAAACUCUCAGAUUUUCGUAUAAGAAGUCCUCUUGAACUAA